CGUAAACUCUCGGAAGAACAUGGGGAGAAAGAAGAUUGAAAUAAGAAAGAUUGAGAAGAAAAGCUCCUUGGAGGUCACCUUCUCCAAGCGUCGAACUGGUCUCUUCAAGAAGGCCGGCGAGCUCUGCGUUCUGUGCGGUGCUGAGGCCGCCGCCAUCGUCUUCUCUCCGGGCGGGAGGGCCUUCGUCUUCGGUCACCCCACCGCGGACGCUGUCAUCGAUCGCUUCCUCGGGCGCGACACCGACACCAGCUCACGUGGGGUUGUUCCAGCGGAACAAGUGGUGCAUGGGCAGGUUCAGAGGCAAUACUUGGAGGCUGUGGAGAGGUCGGAAGUGAAGGAGGAGGGUGGGUUUUGGUGGGACGCCCCCAUUGAGAACAUGGGGUUGAAUGAACUGGAGCAGUUCAAGGGUUCCCUUGAGAAGCUGCGGGAGAAGGUGGCGGAUCGAGUGACGGUGAUGACCUUGAUGAUGGUGAUGGAGAGCGAGAGCGGUGCCGGUCCUUCGUCCACUACCAUGGUUGAAUAUGCAGCGCCACCCCAGGAGUAUAAUUCUUCUGCUGUUCUCCAUGCCCGUGAUUUGGCUGCUGAUAGUCAUAGCCAAGCUGUUCCUCAGGGUUUCGAUGAACCCCGUUUCUGAUGAUCACACGUCACUACGAUACUACUACAUUCCAUUGAUUUUUUUCUCCCCAAGAUUUAGGGCAUAUAGAAGUAUAGAACCUGGUCCUUAUUACAUUUUUAAUGACACUUUUCUCUGUAAUUAGAUGACAUGUACGUUGCAAUUUGUGGUCCUUGUUACAUCAUAAUGUUGUUUAAUGAAGCUCUGCUUGGAAU